GCAGCCAUCCCUGUAGGCAUUGAUGUUCAGGUGGAGAGCAUCGACAGCAUUUCAGAGGUCAACAUGGACUUCACCAUGACUCUGUACCUGCGCCACUACUGGAAGGAUGAGCGGCUGGCGUUUCCAUCUCGUAGCAACGUGAGCAGGACAUUUGAUGGGCGUCUGGUGAAGAAGAUGUGGGUUCCUGACGUGUUCUUCGUCCACUCCAAGAGGUCCUUCAUCCAUGACACCACCAUGGAGAACAUCAUGAUCAGGGUCUAUCCUGACGGAAGCAUACUCUACAGCGUCAGGAUCACAGUGACUGCUCUCUGCUCAAUGGACUUCAGCAGCUUCCCUCUGGACACACAGAACUGUUCACUGGAACUAGAGAGCUAUGCGUAUAAUGAGAAUGAUCUGAUGUUGUAUUGGAAGAAUGGCAACGACUCUCUGAGGACAGAUGAGAUGGUUCUCUCUCAGUUCUUCAUCAAGAAGUUCCACCCUUCCAGUGGGCUCGCCUUCUACAGCAGCACAGGUUGGUAUAACAGGUUGUAUAUAAACUUCAUCCUGAGGAGACAUAUCUUCUUCUUCAUGCUGCAGACAUAUUUCCCCACCAUGCUGAUGGUUCUGCUGUCCUGGGUCUCCUUCUGGAUUGACAGGAGGGCUGUGCCUGCACGUGUCUCCCUAGGUAUCACUACAGUACUGACCAUGUCAACCAUCAUCACUGGUGUGUCCUCCUCCAUGCCACAGGUGUCCUAUGUGAAGGCAGUGGACAUCUACCUGUGGACCAGCUUCCUGUUUGUGUUCCUGUCAGUGAUAGAAUAUGCUGCUGUCAACUACUGCUCUACGCUAGAGGAGAUGAGACGACUGAAGAGAGGAAAGCUCCCAACCUCGUACAACACCAGCAAAGCCAUGGCCUUCGACGGCUGUUUCCAUGACAGUGACAUUGAGCUGACCCCGUUCCCCCGUCUGCCAACCUCCAUGACCUCCAGCCAUCACAGAACUCCACUCCAGAACCCUGAGGACCCACCCAUCGAGGGGACACGUCUCCGCCGGCAACGGUCAGUGCAGGAGAACGUGGAUCUGCUACUUAGCAACAGCUACUUGAUCGACUCGUACUCCCGCAUGGCCUUCCCUCUGUCCUACCUCCUAUUCAAUACCAUCUACUGGAGUAUGUACUCCUCCUGAGGGACCCUACUGAGUAUAGUGCUGGGACCCUACUGACUAUAACUCCUUCCGAGGGACGGUCCUACUGAGUACUGGGACCCUACUGAGUAUGUACUCCUCCUGAGGGACCCUGCUAAGUAUAGGGACCUUACGGAGUAUUGACCACCUAAGGGAGGGACCUUACAUGGACUCCUCCUGUCGGAAUCUACUGAGGAUACUACUGGCACCCUAUGGAGUAUGGACUCCUACUCUGGGGAAGUGUAUAAUACUGGAACCCUAUGGAGUAUGGACUCCUACUCUGGGGAAGUGUAUAAUACUGGAACCCUAUGGAGUAUGGACUCCUACUCUGGGGAAGUGUAUAAUACUGGAACCCUAUGGAGUAUGGACUCCUACUCUGGGGAAGUGUAUAAUACUGGAACCCUAUGGGGUAUGGACUCCUACUCUGGGGAAGUGUAUAAUACUGGAACCCUAUGGAGUAUGGACUCCUACUCUGGGGAAGUGUAUAAUACUGGAACCCUAUGGAGUAUGGACUCCUACUCUGGGGAAGUGUAUAAUACUGGAACCCUAUGGAGUAUGGACUCCUACUCUGGGGAAGUGUAUAAUACUAGAACCCUAUGGAGUAUGGACUCCUACUCUGGGGAAGUGUAUAAUACUGGAACCCUAUGGAGUAUGGACUCCUACUCUGGGGAAGUGUAUAAUACUGGAACCCUAUGGAGUAUGGACUCCUACUCUGGGGAAGUGUAUAAUACUGGAACCCUAUGGGGUAUGGACUCCUACUCUGGGGAAGUGUAUAAUACUGGAACCCUAUGGAGUAUGGACUCCUACUCUGGAGAAGUGUAUAAUACUGGAACCCUAUGGGGUAUGGACUCCUACUCUGGGGAAGUGUAUAAUACUGGAACCCUACCAAAUUCUAAAGGGCACUUUUCUGUGUGUAAUCCAAUAAUAAUGUAUGUAGCCCUUAAUCUUCCCAGACUAAAACAAUAAAUGGUGGUCACUGCCAAUUAAGGAAUAUUAACAGAGGGGAACCUUUACAAUAGCUAAUUGUUGAGUGAUUUAUGAUUUUCAGUUAGUUUAAAUUCUGUGGUGAAUUAAUGGUGUAUCUUAUGUCCUUUAUCCACAUAACAUGUGUAAAUAUUUGUAUGAACAUAACGAGAUUCAACAACU